AUGAGUCAGACACCGUUGACGGAGGCAAGAGAAAGAGAACUGGUAGAGAAAGUGGAAUUGCGGUUGGCACUGUCAGAUACCACUACGAAGUUCCAGCAGAGUUUGGACACAUUUCUGGCACCACUAUUGUUAAAGCUAGCCUCACCACAUGCGUCUGUUAGACAAGCAGUUUUCAACUCUUUAAAGAAUAUAUUAUCAAGAUUGAACGGUUCCACGGAGAUCAAAUUACCGGUGACCAAACUAGUGAAGCAGGCACAGAAUCCUUCAACUGAUAAGAACAAUGAUCCUUCGUUGGAAUCAAACGUAGCAUUAUACAGUCUUCUGUUAGCUUCAAAGGGGAUCGAUCGAAUUACUACGGGAGAGAAAAAUGAUUUAUUACCUUUGCUAAUGAAUGGGAUUUCGCACCUCGCUUCCACUACGGAAAAGGCAAGAAUGUUCCAUAUUAUUUGCAAAAUUCUAUUAACAUGGAAGGCUCCAUUGAAAGGAUCCCCUGAAGAAGAAAAGAUGAGAGAUUUUCUUCAUUUAUCAAAUGAUGAUGAUUUACAAUUUUUAUUAUCAUAUUUCACUAAAUUUUUUCUUUUGAACCCAGCAAGGCCAGAUCCUAAUACACCAACUAUUAUCCCAAGAGGUUAUACAUGUCCUGGUUUAGCUAUAUCAGACGUUUCAUUUUUUACAUAUGAAGCAGGUGUUACUUUUACAAAGGAUCAAAUGAAUAAAUUUAAAUUUGCAAUUUUCAAAUUCGUUUGUAAUGGAUUUGUACCAGAUGACCAAUUAUUAGUGAAAUUCUUGGCUGUUUGUUCUACAGACAAAUCAACUAUAUCUGAUUCAGCACUACAAUUUUGGAAAAGAUUAUCAAUUCCAUACGAGGAUCAAGAUUUUAUUCAAUAUCUAAUAGAUCUUUAUACUGGUAUAAAGACAACGGGAAUCCCACCUGUAAACCCAUUAUUACAAGAAAAAAUACUAUCCAUUUUGAAUUCAAGUGUUAUAGCCACUAGUAAUGCCCAAAACGUGUCUCUAAUUUGCUCAAUUGGUCUUCAUUCUUCUGAGCAUAAACUGAGGUCACAAUGCUUAAAUUUCAUUCGUCAUGUUGCCAAGUAUAAUCAUCAAAAUUUAUUGCCCACUGAUACAGAUUCCAUAAAUACAAAUAUUGCAUCAUUGAUAAGAAACAAUCUUCAUGCAGAAGGUUGGCCUAAAUUACAAUUGGGAGAAUCAACGCCUGCAUUCAAUACAACAAUAUUACAAAGAAGAUUACAAUAUGAAACAUUAGGUGAUAUCUUGAUGAAAGAAUUCAGCUUGGUAGAAGAUUUAUCAUUUAUUGAAUUCCUCUUUGAUUCCCUACAGGGUGACUUGUCAGAGUUUAGAGCAAGUAUUCAAGAAGCAUUGAUUUCGUUGACACCACAUUUAAGAAAGUUACCAAGCUCUUCCAAAGAUAAAUUAAAAGGCAUCUUAAAGAAUCUUUUGAGUGACGAUUUUAAUCUCCAAGAAGCAUCUUCUGACCAAAAUACUAAGGAUUCAACGAUGGCAUGCAGAUUUGUGGCAAUAAAAUUUUCAAAUGCUGCUUUUGAAUUUAGUGAUCCUGAGGCAAGAAUGUUUAAUAUAUGGGGUACAUCACGUAAUAAUAAAUUUGAUGUUAUAGAAGAAUCGUGGAAAGGGUUACAUCCAUACUGGUAUAGAGUUAAUCAAGCAUCAAAUAACAAUAAUAUAAUAAAGACAGAAGAUCGUUUGGCAUCGAAAAUUGAAGAAACUGAGUUUCCCGAUUUUGAAGACUUUGUCAUUCUUUUAUUAAAGGAGUUGAAUAUUGCGGAAACUAGCAAAACAGCUACCCUCCAUGAUUGUCUCAAUACAGCAGUUCGGUUUUUGAAGCAAAUUCUAAUAUCCCAAUCUAUCAAAGGUGAAUCUACAAUUGUUGUUCAAGACCAAGAUUGGUCCGUUAGAAUUGAUAAGGGGAUAGAAGUAGAUGAUAAAAUACCAGAAUUGAUGAAAUCACAUAUUGCCAGACUUGACCAAGAUUUACUUGUUAAACUCUUAAGGAGAAUCUGUUCCGAAUUUGUAAUCAAGAAUGACGUUGGGAAUGUUAUAUCUUUAUCGAACUAUCAAGAUUUCGUUUUUGGAGAAACUCUAUUGAUGUUUGUCAAACUCAGUAAUAUUCUGCUAUUACAAAAGGUACAAGAUUUCAGCCUUGAUUUAUUGCAUUAUAUCGAAGGUAUUCAAGUAAACAAUAAUAAAGAUCUUGAGAUAGCUGCAACAUGCCUAGGAAUUAUCAUCUCCAGCGUCGAACAAGCAACAGAAACUGAAUCGAUGAUGAAGCCUCUCUCCCAAUCUGAUAUUGCUUCAAUUCCACUUUCUACCCUGUACGUUGCUUCAUAUGUCCUUCCACGAUUAUAUUUACGGAAUAAAAUUAAUCUGAUUCCAUCAUCUUAUAUUGAGACUCUAGUAACUGCCGUUCUUCAACAUUUGGCCGAAAAUAAAUCCAAGCCAAUAAUACUUAAUUUAAUUGGUCAAAUAUGCAAAUAUGGGUUAUUACUUACCCUAACAUCUACUGCAAGGAUAAACUUUUUAGAGGCAGUUUUCCAAUCAUUGGAAAACAAAUUAAUCAAUGAUGAACUCGCCAUUGAACAAUGGGGAUACCUUUCCUUAUAUUCUAAUGAAAUGAAUAAUUUUGAAAAAGUCUUCGAGAAGCUUUUUGAAACACAUGUCUCAAAACAGAUGGAAUUUCUAUUUUCUUCAGGGGAAGCCUUAUCAAUUUUGGCAGGUGGUUGGACCUCUAAAUACUUAAUGAAACAACUUGAUUUGGUCGAUAUAUCCGUAGAAAGGAUACAGUCUUUGUUUAAUACUAACCAUGUCUCUUUUAUUUUAAAGAAAAUCUUUGAAGCAUGUGAUUCCACCAAACCCAGUUUAAGGAAGGCUGCGUGUAUCUGGCUAUUAUCGUUGGUUCAAUUUUUAGGUAAAGAUGAAACAAUCAUAGAAAACUGUAAGAGUAUUCAUUUGAGAUUCAUGCGUUUUUUGGCGGAUAAGGAUGAAGUUCUCCAGGAAUCCGCCGCUAGAGGACUAAGUAUAGUAUAUGAAAUUGGUAAUACAGAUUUACAAGAAGAUAUGGUGAAAGGAUUAUUACGGUCCUUUACCGAUUCAACGGAAAGUGUGAAAAUCAACUCAGGGUCCAUUUCAGAGGAAACGACUUUGUUUGAACCAGGUGUAAUGAAUACAGGGGAUGGAUCUAUUAGCACAUACAAGGAUAUUCUCAAUCUCGCUUCUGAGGUGGGUGAUCCAGCAUUGGUGUAUAAAUUUAUGUCAGUGGCCAAGAGUUCUACACUAUGGUCUUCCAGAAAGGGUAUCGCGUUUGGAUUAGGUGCCAUUAUGUCUAAAUCCUCACUAGAAAAGCUGCUACUACAGGACGAAGGGACUGCAAAUAAAUUAAUUCCGAAAUUAUUCAGAUACAGAUUUGAUCCUUAUCCAACAGUUUCUAGAUCUAUGAAUGAAAUAUGGAAUACAUUAAUAACAGACUCAACAGCCACAAUUACUUUAUAUUUCGAUGCUAUUUUAAGAGAAUUGUUAACAGGAAUGUCGAAUAAGGAAUGGAGGGUACGUGAAGCAAGCACGAAUGCGCUUCUGCAAUUAGUCCAAACUCAGCCUCAAGAAAAGUUUUCAGAUCAAAUAUUAGAAAUAUGGACUAUGGGGUUCAGAACUAUGGAUGAUAUUAAAGAAAGUGUACGUGAGACUGGUACUAAAUUUACUACUGUUUUAUCCAAAAUGUUAGCUAGGUCUAUUGAUACUAGCAAGGGUAUAACGCCUGAAAAAUCAAAAGAAAUAUUGGAAACAAUUUUACCAUUUUUUCUUGGGACAAAGGGUCUUAACAGUGAUGCAGAAGAUGUUCGAAAGUUUGCCUUGUCUACAGUGAUAGAUUUGGUGAAAACAACGGGAUCGGCAAUUAAACCAUUUGCGCCACACUUGGUUUAUGAAUUUACCUUAUUAUUUUCAUCUAUUGAACCGCAAGCGUUCAAUUACCUAGCUCUCAAUGCUGCAAACUAUAAGAUUGAUUCAAAUCUUAUUGACACACAUAGAAAAAAUGGGGUCACAUCAUCACCAUUAUUUGAAACUAUAGAUAAACUAAUUUCAAUUUCUGACGAUGACUCACUUGAAGAACAUGUCAAUUCUACUAUAAAAUCGAUUAAAAAAUCAGUUGGGCUACCUUCUAAAGUAGCUGCCUCUCAAGUGUUAGUCUUAUUGGUAAAGCGAUUCUCAACUGAUUUGAAACCCUAUUGUGGGAAACUUUUAAAGGCAUGCUUAAACAUGCUGGAUGAUAGGAAUGAGGCAGUUUGCGUUGCCUUUGCAAAUUCUAUGGGUUAUCUCUUCAAAAUUGCUGGCCUUGAUAAAGCUGUUAAGUAUUCAAAGUUGUUAACGGAACGUUAUUUCUCAGCAAAUAAUGCAUCCUCUAAGAAAAUUGUAGGAGUUACAAUUGAAUCGAUCAUGACACAAGCAUCUUCACAAUUUGAAACUCUUGGAGAUAUAUUUAUGCCAGUAAUUUUCAUUGGUUCCAAUGAUACUGAGAGUGUAAUAAGAUCGCUAUAUGCAAAGAUCUGGACCGAAGCUUCCUCAUCUGGAGUAGGAACCGUAAAAUUAUACUUGAAUGAGAUUUUGAACCUACUUUCUUCUAACAUAAAAUCCAAUGAUUUUGUUAUUAGAAGAACAUGUGCAAAAGCCGUUUCGAGUCUUGGUGAUAAAGUUGAUACAUCUAUCCAGGAUAAACAAAUAUCAAACUUGUUUGCAAUUUUAAAAGAGGCAUUAGUCGGAAGGUCCUGGGAUGGGAAAGAGCUCUUGGUGGAUGCCUUAGUUUUAUCAGUUAGCAAAUUUGGUGAUUACGUCCAAGAACAUGGCGAGCUUAACGAGUCACUGAAGAAGACUCUGAAUCUUGAAAUUUUACGUAAAAAUGACGAAUAUGUGAAAAAGAUUCUAUGCCCAUAUGCCAAGUUCAUCAAAAUUUUCCCAAGUUCAGAGAUGUUGGCGACUUUGCUUGAAGUGUCACAAAAUGUGCUCUCUAAACUGGUUGUUGACUCUGAGGGAAGUGGUUCCAAAAAUGAAACAGAAAAUGAAAGUAACGUGUCUGCAAAACGGAUAAAAAUUGGUACAGAUAUGAAUAGAAAAUCAUCCAAGGAAAAUAUUGCUAAUGAAGAAUACACAGUUCAACUUUUAAACUCAAUGGUUGAUAUUUAUGCAAAGCUAAUGAAAAACGACGUUGAUACUUCACCAACACCGUUAGUGAACUUUAUUGUUCGUACCCUAGAAUGGCUUUAUUCCAAUGAUAACGUUAUUUAUACGUGGAGGACACAAUUGGCAACAAAUGAAAUUGGUUAUAAUUUAUUAGACUUUUGCAUGAAGAACUAUGAAACUACACUUUUUUCGCCGAUUGAGAGGCUUUGGGAAUUAUCAGUCAAGUAUAACAGCUCCAAAGAAACGAUAGAAAAUGUUAAGCUAAAGUUGGUUAAAUUUGGUGGGAAAUUAAUGGGCACCUUCCCACAGGUAAGAUCAAAGGUAGAGGCUACUUUAUUAUCAUUGCCAGAGAUUGAUACAACCUCAAGGCUUGCAAUCGAAUUAAAGAAUAUUGGACUUUAG